AUGAGUGCAGAAGACGUUCAAAUAAUUAAGGACCUCCCGGUGAACAUCGUGCCGGUGUCGAGUCCCAUUCCGAAAAUCGAGCAAAUGCUGGAGAAGAAGAAAGCGGCCCAAGAGGCGUUGAUGGAAAAACUGAACAAGUCCAUGCGCGAGAUAAACGAAGACGUCGACGCGGAGGCCAAGAAAAAAACCGAGGAGAUUAACAAGAAACUAGAUCAAGUUAAACACGACGUUAAACGCCACUAUGUCGACAUGAAAUUCGAUUUGAACAACCACCAAAUAGGCGAUGAUUUUUAUAAGAAAACCAAGAAAAUAUUACACAAGAACCAGAAAAAAGCCGUGGAAGCCGUGGAUGACUUCGUAGUCUUCAUGAAAAAACUCGAAGAAUCCCGAAUAAAAAAAUUCAAAAUUCUACUAAAAGACACCAAAUCGCAAUCCAGCCAAUUAGGCUACGAAUUGCCCUUUUACAUCGACGAAUUUUUCGGUAAAAAAAUGUCUGACAUAAACAAAAUCACCAUCAACAAUUACGAAAUGUACGACGAAACCGAACGGGAGCUGAAGCUCCAAAUCGAGCAGGACCAGAAAUCCUGGUACGAGGAGCUGCUGCAACUGAAAGAAGCCCUCAAGGAGCAGAUCAGAGUGUUAACCAGACGGGUCACAACCUACGCGGAGAUCGACGACAUCUCGGACCAGAAACCCGAGCAGAUGGCGGCCCAAUUGCGCCGGCUCGACUCGCUGAAAUCCGAAUUCAACUACGAGGUGACGAAGGACGACAGCCUGGAGGAGAUUCGCCCGAAGAUCGAGCGCUGGCUGAAGCUGGUCCAAAAACAUCUAGCAGCCGCCGAGCAAUCCUCCAAGAACGUCAUACAAACGUACAAAUCCAUGAUCUCGGUGCUGUUCAACCGGUGCUUCAAGGAGCUGAAGUUCAUCAAGAUCGACCUGGCCAACAGCAUCGUCCACAGCAGCCAGGUGCAGGACUACCUCAGCGAAAUGUACACGCCGACCAUCGAUCAAUUGAUGAUCAAAAACCUGGAGGAGCUGGAGAAGUUGCAGGACACGUGGAGCAAGACCAUCCAGAAGAUGACCGACGAAAUCAACGAGGCGUACACGUUCCUCAAGGAGGCCGCCACCCUGUGGGACCGGUACUUCAGACGGUUGGAGGAACUGCGGAAGCUCGUCCUGCGCGAUCUCGACAACGCCAUCAGGAGACAUUGCAUUUCGACAGGCUGCCACGAAGCGUCGUUGAACAUCACCAUGGAGCAGCUGCGGCAGGCGCCCAACAAAGCCGAACUGGACAGAUUGCUGGAGGAGGCCGUUAGGAUUCUGGAGAAGAUCAAGGAGGCGUACGUCGAGGACGCCCAGAAGGAGUUGAACGUCGUCCAAAAGUACAAGAUCUGGAUGGACUUGUCCGUGGAUUUGCUGAUAAUGGGAAUCAGACGGUAUUUAGUGAUCCAUCCGCCCGACUACGAGAGGGAUCCGAAGAAGCAGCGACGCCGGGCCAGCCAAAUGUCGGUGCAAGAACAAGGACCCAGUUUGCCCAUACAGAUCCUCUACUGCGUUUACCAAGUAGGAGCCGUCAGUAACUGGAUGUUCGGAUUGUGGGAGGGAUUGGACCAAUACGCGAACGCCUGCAGACAGGAAAUAAUGGCGACAGCGGAAAAGUGGAUGGCGAGGCAACGGGAGAAAAUCGACGAGAGAUUGAACACGAAACUGUCCCUCUACCAACCGCGGGUGUCGCAAAUUAAAAUCGUCAACUACGAGAAGCGGUUGGAGGAAUUGAAGAGGCACGAGAAAAUCCUCAACGACCACAAAAUGUUUAUUAUAUGCACCAAAAUGCCCGAUUUGGAGACUCAAAGGCUCGUCGUUUGCUCCGAAUGCAACGAUUUGUACGACAAAUACGCGGAAAUAUCCGAUGCUGCUAUCAAAGCUCUACCAACUACCAACAAUUCCGCGGAAGUGAAGGCGCUCAUGACGAAUGUCUACCCGAAAUUGGAGAGUGUGGAACACGAAGUGGAGACCAUCGUCAGCAAAUGCGUCGAAUCGUUCGCGAAUUUCCCCGACGAAGUGAAAUACAUGAAUUACGGCAUUUUGGAGAAAAUCAGACUUUUCAACGAAGGAGGCGAUUACAACUUAAACGAAAUCCCGGACUUGCAGAAAGAACUGAAAAGAAUCGAAGAUAUUUCGGCUACCGUGAAACUCGACGACAGCAUGUACCACUGCUCCAAUCAGAUGCAAAUCGCCAAAACUACCAUUUACUCCAGCUUGACCAGGGCGUUCAACGAGCACAAAUUCCUCGAGAAUCUGGUGAAGAAAGUCGAAAGAGUGCACAGGGACGUGCGCGAGAUCGUGGUAAACCUGCGAAAGUCCUUCAGGAAGAUGCGCCAGCAACUGGAGAACAUCAACAGCAAGGCGCGUUACAACGUGGGCAACAAGGACUAUUUGAACGAGUUCGUCGGGCGGUUUCAGGAGGUCCUGAAAACCGCUGAGGGAUUGAACGAUUACCUGGAGCAUCCGGAGCCGGUGCAGCUGUUCCUCAAAUCCACCAGAAGCACCAAGAAAUUAGAAUCGAGUCACACGAAGAGAAGCUACCACCAGGAGGACCCGUUCAAGAGUAACUUGCAAAUAGCCGGUAACAAAGAUUUUAUAUCUUCCAUGAUGAACGUUUUCAAAACUUCCCUGGACAACAUCAAGCACACCUCGCAGGAAUUCUACUCGUCCAAUAAGCAGACUGGCCUCAUCCUGGACUCGACGAAGCUGCAGCCGAGCUACGAGGAUUGUUUGGAGGAAAUUUACAGGAAAUACCAGCCGUAUAUGUUGCAGUGCGAGAUUUGCUGGUUGGAGAACGCCACGAAGUUCAUUCAGAUCCUAAACGAAAUAAUAGAAUUCAAAGACUCGUUUAUCUCGGAUUUCAAAAAGGCGUUUUUCGAUAAAUGCAUGCGCAAGCUCGAAGACAGCGCUGGAUCGAUUAUGGAUGAUCUGGAACAAGAACGCUUGAACUUCAACGAGAGACUGAAGCAAAUCUACACCAGAUUGAAGGUGUUGUUCGGGCAUCCGAAGAACAACGAGAUGUUGAACCAGUUGAGGAGAGACCACGACGAAAUGCACGCGGAUAACGAAGAGAAAUUCAGAAAAAUACUGGAUCCUCACAAAGAACAUUUGGAUGAUGUGGUGAUCAAAAUAAAAACCGAAAUUGAAAGUUUAGAAACGAUUUUACCAACGUUAAACACCGACGAUAUUAUCAAAAUGAUCGAAAAUUUUAUGGAACAAAUCGAGGAAAAGAUUCCCCUGCUGUCUACGGAAAUGUUCUCCAUGUACUCCUCCUCUUCCGACGUCGGUGAAUACAUGCAUGAAUACUACCAACAGUCGAGAACGAGUUACCAGGAGAUCCAAUUAAAAAUGGAAAGCUUGAAAUCAGGCGUGGAAAACAAGCCGAAGGUCGACCCCAUCGUGGCCUUGGACGAGGAACUGGAGGCUAUCAAAACCAAAAUGGACGAUUUCGUCGCCAGGAAAAUGCUGCAGCACCUCGAGGAGUUCAAGACCAUCUGGGACAGCGAGAUCAAAUACGUGCUGAGCCUGUUCAAAGUAAAAUACGACGAUGUGAAUUACUAA